CCAAGUUCCUGCAGCUGGGAGAGUUUCAGUGGACUAUAGACUUUUUCCUAAGCUGUGCGUUCAAAAGAGCGUGCGCGCGCACACACACACCAGUUCUUUUGUUGCGAUUUUACUUUGCGCACUCCACAACGAAAGAAUCCACCAGUGGAUUUUCUUUCUUUUCUCUGGAGGGCUGCUUUCACCAUGAGCGCCGGACAGACGUAUGAGAAGAAGAUUGCGUGCAUUUUGACCGAUCUACCAGGAUCUAUGAGUUGCCACCCGAACUCCAAGGACUCUCCUACUCUCCCCGAGUCUUCGGUGACGGACAUGGGCUACUACAGCGGACAGACGGCCCACGGCCAGCACGAAUAUUAUCAGAGUCAAGCGUACGGACAGCCCAUGAACUCUUACCAUCACCAGUUUAAUCUGAACGGAAUGGGAGCCGCUGGAGCCUACGCCACCAAAUCUGAAUAUCCGUACACAAAUAGCUACAGACAGUACGCACAUUACAACAGAGAUCACCUGCAGGCCUCGCCUCCAAACUCAGUGAAAGAAGAGCCAGAGCCAGAGGUCCGCAUGGUGAAUGGAAAACCGAAAAAGAUCCGUAAGCCGAGAACGAUCUACUCCAGCUACCAGCUCGCUGCUCUGCAGAGGCGCUUCCAGAAGGCGCAGUACCUCGCUCUGCCCGAGAGAGCGGAGCUGGCGGCUCAGCUUGGCCUCACUCAGACACAGGUCAAGAUCUGGUUCCAGAACCGGAGGUCCAAAUUCAAGAAACUGUACAAAAACGGCGAGGUUCCCCUGGAGCACAGUCCUAACGCCAGCGACUCCAUGGCCUGCAAUUCCCCGCCCUCCCCGGCUGUGUGGGAGAACAGCACGCCUCAGAACACCCCGAUCAGCAGACCUCAGGUCCCGCAGCCGACGCACAGCUCGUCGCCGCCAUACCUGGAGGAUUAUAACAACCACUGGUACCAGCAGGGAUCACACCUACAGCACCCGGGCACCGUGCACCACCCAGUCCCACAGCAAAGCGUGGGAGCUGUUUAUUAACAGUGACUUAAGAGCAGAUUUAGCGCCUCAUAUUUUAUUUUUGUCAAAAGAGGUCUCUCCACAAUGACUCUGCAGAGCGAUGGUUGAGUGGACCGGGAGCAGGCCUGAAGUGAAACAUUGCUUUUGGUUUUUGGAUGAUCAAGAAUGUUUCAGAAAUGGGGUUUACAUUCACAAAGCACAUAAGGGAUUUCUGAUCACUUGUGGCAUAUUUAACGGACAUCUGGCGUGGUUUUUUUUUUAAAUUAUUUAUCGCUUCUGAUGUAUUUCUUCAACUUCUUUUGUAAAUGAAUAUGCAAAGUUGUUUUUUUUUUCAAACAUGUAGCCUAAC